UUUUUCCAGAAAAGGAAACUCGGUUUCCUUUCUCUCUCCCCGAGCUCAGCCACCCCGCCACAUUCGCCGGCAUCAUUCUUUCUCCUCCGGCCACCAUAGGACACAAUUCGAAUUGGGUUUUCUUCGCCUCAAUCUUCUCUACACGUCUGUGGAAGCCAUAGAGCACGGGCCGGACUGUGGUGGGCGCUGCAAGGCCGAGAAGAGGCCGCGACGGGGACGAAAUCGCCCUCCUUGGUUCUCCCUCCUCCGGCCACCAUAGGAGGAGAUUGUUGAGGGGUUAUGUAUCCCGGAGACUGGGGAAGGAUUCUCCCAAGGUAGCUUGCAACCAUUUCACGCGUGGAGGACGAAUCGAAGAUUUCAAGAUCUAGGUUUUCAAUCUGCCCGAUUUGUUCUAAGGUGACUGAAGGAGCGUAUUCGAUACAUUAUCUGCUGUAAGAAAAGACGCAGCAGGAUUUUGAGGUGAUGGAUCCUCAGAGAUGCAGGGCCAAGGUUAGCGGCAUGAUUACCUCUCAAGAGGAGUUCUAUCUUGAGAAGGAGGUGGUGCAACCUGUUCCAUCUAUUGUUGGGAUGGUUGAUGCUACUCACCUAACUAGGCUGACUAGGGAAGUCAUUAGAUUGGGGGCAGUGGCAUUUCAGGGUGGUACAGAUUACUUGUUGGCUAAUCAGUGGAUUGAGAACAUGGAGACCUACUAUGAUAUGGUUGUCUGUACUGACAUGGAGAAGAAGAUUACAGCUACGUUCCUUCUCCAGGGUGAGGCGGGACAGUGGUGGGAUUCUAUGCUGAAGACAAGGAACAUAUCGACCAUUACUUGGGAGGGUUUUGUGGAACUCUUUCGGGACAUGUACCUUCCCGCUUCUAGGAGGGAGAAAUUGGGGGUUGACUUCAUUUCUCUAGUCCAGGGGACUAUGAGUGUCAAGGGCUAUGAGGCCCGAUUCUCACAAUUGUACCGGUUUGUUAGGCCGAUGGAUCCAGUGUCUUUGGCUCGGAAGUUCCAACGGGGACUGAAUCUGGUGAUCAGAGAUAGGGUGACUCCUUUUCAGUUGCCUACUGUGGCACUUAUCUUUGCUAGUGCUCUUAGAUUUGAGCAAGAACUUCUAACGUCUCGAGGGGAGAUGACUACUAUGGGAGAUUCCCAGGGAAAGGGAAAGGCAGUUGCCGGGAGCAGUGAUGAGAUGGACAGUCAGGGUGGAUCCUGGAAGAGACAGCGGACUUAUCAUAAGGCGCCUGCUAGGGUAGCAGCUGCACUUGUUGGGCAGGCAGCACACCUGAGAUGUUACAACUGCGGCGAGUUAGACCAUGUUUCCAAAGUGUGCACGAAGCCGAGGAGCAAGGUAUGCUUUAGAUGUGGCCAGACUGGGCAUGUAGCCAGAGAGUGUACUCGACCUCAAGAUGGCAGGCAGGGGAACCAAUAGAGGCUGUUGCCUCCUGGUCAGGCUAGAGUGUUUGCUAUCGGUCAGCGAGGUGCUAAAGCAGAAGGUACUCUACCUAAUUGUGUUUAUCUUGCGUGAGUGAUGUGUGAUGAAGAUCACUUCUUGUAUGUGGUGUUGGGUUGGGUUUUGCAUGAUAUCUAUGGUUAGACUUUUGUGUGUGAAUUCCUAUUGUUAGAAUGUGUUGUUGUGUGAUGCAUGCUCUAGGUUUGCUUUGAGUUGAAAUGAAGGUUUCAUUUCCAAUUCUUGUAAUUCAGGAGUUACAUGAUUGGUGAAAUGAUGCAGAUACUAUUGUGAUAACAGGAUUCUUAACUUUUAUGUAGUCUGUGUAUAGAAUUGUAGUUUUGCAAACUUGUAGCAAUUUUUGUAAUGGUGGAGAUGCGAUUGUGUAGGUUGGCUGUGCUUGAUUGUUUGGUAGUAUACUUAAAUUUUGGGACGAAAUUUCUGUAAGGAGGGUAGAAUGUAAGACCUCGAAAAAUUGUUAUUAAUUUCUAGAAAUCUCCUAGAAUUGAUAAAGUGUUCGUUGGUACGAUUUCGUGGUUCGAGGGUAGAACGGAAAUUAAUUCGAACAAUUAUUUGUUGGAAUGGUUCGAUUCAAGAGUUGAAUUUUUGUACGUUUUGAUUUUGUGAAAAUUUCCUUCACGAAAGUUGUAGAGCGUGUCGAUACAAGUUCAUGCAUAUGCGGAACACGAAAAUCGGAGUUCGUAUGAAUUAGUUUUGAAUUUUGGAAGAAAUUUCCAUUUUAGUAUAAAGCUUCCAUUUAUGGAAAUUUUCCAAAAAAAUUCAUUUUUUCCAGAAAAGGAAACUCGGUUUCCUUUCUCUCUCCCUAAGCCCAGCCACCCCGCCACCUUCACCGACAUCAUUCUUUCUCUUUCGGCCACCAUAGGACACAAUUCGAAUUGAGUUUUCUUCGCCUCAACCUCCUCUACACGUGUGUGGAAGCCAUUGAGCACAGGACAGACUCUAGUGGGUGCUGCAAGGCCGAGAAGAGACCGCGAUGGGGAUGAAAUCGCCCUCCUUGGUUCUCCCUCCUCCGGCCACCAUAGCCGAAGAUUCUUGAGGGGUUUUGUAGCCCAGAGGCGGGGGGAGGAUUCUCUUCAGGUAGCUUGCAAUGAUUUCACGCGUGGAGGACAAAUUGAAGAUUUGAAGAUCUAGGGUUUUAAUCGGCCCAAUUUGUUCUAAGGUAAAAUUCGAUCAAUUGGCUUAUAAUUUGACUUUGAUGAGUUGAGAAAGUUGUAAUUCGUGUUGAGAUGAAGAUCCUUUGUUUAGGAAGUUUGGCUAAAUUCUGACUUUUGGCCUGCGGCGGCGCCGCCAUUGUGGUGGUGUUUUCCGAUCACUUCUGGCCACCUCAAGGACAAUUUAUGUCCCUCUUUUCAAUCUACACAUCUCGUAUCGAUGUACAAUGCACAAUUUCUGGAAAUCGUAUGAGCAAGUUAUGAUUUUUAGCGUUUUAGGGUUUUCGGUUCGAUCGGUUUUCGAUCCAUGUGGAUUCGGCCGUCCGAUCGACUUGUAACUUUGCUAUAUUGAUCGUAUAAGUAUUCUGGAGACCUCAGGUGGUCUCGGAUGAAAUUUUGCCUCAAUUAGCAUUACUUUCGAGAUUUUAGGGCAAAUGGGAGUUCGAAGUUUAAUCGUUUUCGAUUCGCGUAUUAAGUUAAUAUCGUAUUGUACUUGGGUGAUUGAAGGAGUGUAUUCAAUACAUUAUCUGCUGUAAGAGAAGACGCAGUAGGAUUUUGAGGUGAGUAAAUCUCACGUGGUUCAUUUACGAAUCGAGUUAUUUAAUAGUCGAAAUUGAUUGAUAAUUGUAACUCGUUUUCGAAAAUAAAGAUUUGUUUGAAAUAAUAUGAACUCGAUCGACUACGGUUCAUAGGGCUACGGCUCACAGGUAAGAAAAUGAAUUUAAGUAUAAAAUGAAUUUCUUAGUUUUGACACAUAAAAUAUAGUUUGUAUUCGUGGUCAUUCUUGCGUGAAUGACUACUUUUGUGUGUGUGUGUGUGUUAAUAUAUAUAUAUAUAUAUAUAUUAUAUAUAUAUCUAGAUGGUGUGACAUUGUGAUAUGUAGAUCUUUGGUGAUUUCAUUCAUAUUAUUGAAUUGAACUUUUACUUAUGCCGGAAAUAUAUUUGAUGACUUAUAUUGUUGAAAGAGUGAUUUGGAGUUAUGAUGUGACAUUUGUGAAUCGUGUGUGAUUUCUUUAAAUGUCUUGUUCCGAAGGUUACAAUGGUAAACCUGGGUUUUGUUCUGAGGGCCGAGUGGUCCGAAGCCCGAAGGUUACAGUGGUAAACUUGAGUUUUGUUUUGAGGGCCGAGUGGUCCGUAGUCUGAAGGUUACAGUGGUAAACCUGAGUUUUGUUCUGAGGGCCGAAAGGUUUGAAGUCUGAAGGUUACAGUGGUAACCUGGGUGUAAAGAUAUCAGAUGCUUGAACCAUGGCCAGGGUGACAGGCAAUGAUUCAAUUAGAGCUCUAGUCUGUCGUAGUUUCGGCGAAUGUUUGUGGGGUUCUACUUUAGUGUUUAUAUGAGAUUUGGAUUUCCAUGAAUUCUAUUGUUUGAUUUAAUUGUAAUCUCCUGAAUUAAAAUACACGCAGGGAUUACUAUGACUUUGGAUUGAGUGCUUUUAGGUGAUCUCUUGAACUAAUUUUCUAUGUAGGGAUUACUAUUUUAUCUAGUUUAUUUGUGAGUACAAUUGUGGUUAUUUGAGUUUACUCAUACGAGCUUCACAAGCUUACCGGGUUUGUUGUUUGCA